AUGAUGAAAAACUUCUGGAAAUAUAAGGUGAUGAUGGCUGUACAACAAUGUGAAUGCACUGAAUGUGAGUGUACUGAAUGUGAGUGCACUGAAUGGGAAUGCACUGAAUGUGAGUGUACUGAAUGUGAAUGCACUGAAUGUGAGUGUACUGAAUGUGAGUGUACUGAAUGUGAGUGCACUGAAUGUGAGUGUACUGAAUGUGAAUGCACUGAAUGUGAAUGCACUGAAUGUGAGUGUACUGAAUGUGAAUGCACUGAAUGUGAAUGCACUGAAUGUGAGUGUACUGAAUGUGAGUGUACUGAAUGUGAGUGCACUGAAUGUGAGUGUACUGAAUGUGAAUGCACUGAAUGUGAGUGUACUGAAUGUGAGUGUACUGAAUGUGAGUGCACUGAAUGUGUGUGUACUGAAUGUGAAUGCACUGAAUGUGAAUGCACUGAAUGUGAGUGUACUGAAUGUGAGUGCACUGAAUGUGUGUGUACUGAAUGUGAGUGCACUGAAUGUGAGUGCACUGAAUGUGAGUGCACUGAAUGUGUGUGUACUGAAUGUGAAUGCACUGAAUGUGAGUGCACUGAAUGUGAGUGUACUGAAUGUGAAUGCACUGAAUGUGAGUGCACUGAAUGUGAGUGCACUGAAUGUGAGUGCACUGAAUGUGAGUGCACUGAAUGUGAAUGCACUGAAUGUGAGUGUACUGAAUGUGAGUGUACUGAAUGCUUCUGGACCCUCCUGCUACCAGGGCUGCUGCUUCUGCUGCUGCUGUCCCCCACCAUCAACAGCACCAAUCCGGACGCAGGUCCUAGCCUGACUACGUUGGAGCCCUAUGUGCCCUAG